CCGAGAAUAGUCUGUCUGUGUGUCAAAACUUCCGGAUUACUACUUCCGGAAAAAUAAUGCUUCUCACAAUGUCGUGAUAUAAUAUUCGAGGUUUCGUUUGAUUCAAUUAUGUAGAAAGGUUGAGAGGUGUGAUCUACUGGUUUGGUGUUUGAACUUGCGUAAUGGAGGCGGAUAUUGCCAAAAAGGAGCAGACACAAAAGCGGCAUUACUUUUAUCUGAAUGAACUGCAGUCUAUGGCCAGAGAAUUACCAGGGAAGCAUCAGCAGCGGCUGUCAUAUGAUCUUUUGUCUCACUUGGCAAAUGCUCUUCUGGACGGCACCGUAUUUGCCAUAGUCAGCAGUCUCAAAGAAGUUCAACAGCUGGAAGAGCGGAACCUAUUUAAUCGUAGAGUUAAGAUGUUAAACGAGCAUGCAGCUAAAAAACAAGAGUUGAUGAAGAAACAAAGUGAAGCUAUUCAGAGCUGCCGAUCAAAGCCACAUAGCCUUCCCCUUGUGCAAGCUGAAUAUGAGGCACAGUGGAGUGAACUUGAGUCAAACUACAGUGAUGAACUGAAACGCCAGGACAUGCGCAUCAUCUUAGAGCUGGACCAGAAGAUGUUAGAUCAGCAGUCCACCUUGGAGAAAGCAGGAGUUCCUGGCUUCUGUGUGACAAACAAUCCUCUAGAGGUCAGGAUCCAAAUGUACCUGCUAGACUUUAUCAACAGGAUCAGUGAAAUGCAGGUGCCUGACUGAAAAAUAUACUGGAAUGAUGCUCAUUUGUUAUAAUUCUAGGAAGUGAUCACCACAGCUGAGUCAGUGCUGUGUAUAUGUACUCACUGCAGCAAGUGAGGUGUAUGUUCACUUAGGUUUGUCACUGGCAAGAGGUGUCAGUAUGUGUCAAAUUGGAGCACAUACACGUACCAGUGGUGUCAUGUUUAAUCAGGUGGCUGUCAUAACUUCAUAUGACCAACAAAUGCCAUGUUCAAUCAACAGAGCAGUUUCUCAGCCUCAGAUAAGAUUCAUUCAUGGUAUUGUCAAGUUAGCUGAAGCUUUCAAGAAGUUGGUGCCUUGUGAUGGCACAAUAUACAUGCUUGAUACAGCCACGAGUUCCUUUCUGUAUGUGUAAAAGUUGAGCAUAAAGGAUUGUUAUCCAUUUGAGAAACUCUUUCACUGAUUAAGGCAAAUGUGUUGGCAGCAGAAAUAUUGUUAUAAUGCUUGCAAAAUGUACCGAUAGAUAGCCUUUACCAGGGCCCAGUCAAAAAAAUGGUAGCAAUAAAAGUGAAGCGGUCAUCCAUUUUCAUCA